AUGGAGACACCGCCUCCUCACGCUGCGUCCCAGCCAUCCCGUGGUCUGCCCGAGGGGUUGCUCAAAUUAAAUGACAGGCGCGUGGCCCUGCUGAAGCGGCUCAAUGACAUGCUGGAGUUGCGCGACAUUGUCAUCGCCCGUCUGGAUGGAGUGAGAUUCGACGUGCAGGACUUGGACAACGUGCAGGACGCCGUCAACCGUGUGAGGGACGAUCUCGUCGUCGUGUGCACUGAAUACGACAAGCGAGAAUCCAUCUACACGCAGGAUUAUCUCACAAUGUGCGAAGGACUCGCGGACCGCAAGCAUAUCCUGGCUGAAUUCGACCAACGCACGCAGGCCAUUUCCAAUGACCUCAAAUUGGCCCGAUUUAUCGUCACCAAGCAGCGCACCAUUGAAGCGCUCAGCGAGCAACUGAGAGAGCAGAUCGAGUCGGAUUUCAAGUACAAGGAAUUCGCGCCUGGCAUACCCACGCCGCCGGCUGCGGCCGCCCAGUACCACUACCAGCAGCACCAGCAACCCCUUGAACCUGCAAAUUCGAUGCCUGCUGCGUUCAUGCCCGUGGGCACGUCAGCGCCAACGCCGAUUCACGAGGUCCAAGAGUAUGAUCCCGCCAUUGACAUGGCGCAGCCAUAG